ACAGGAUCCAUGGAGUCUCUGAAUUAAAGAUCAUUCUUAUGAUCCCUCGUAUUGAGUCGGCUUCGGCUUCACCCGCGCUUUUGCGUCAUUUUCUUGACAGCAAUGCGCCUUUUUUGAUCACCGAUCUAGCAUCUCGGUGGGAGGCGACACGCGCCUGGGUGGUUCCAGGCGAGGAAGAAAAUUUCCAAACUCUUGAUUUGUUUGAGAACUUCAUUUGUGGACAUAAUCGCGGUGAACUUGCGGAGGAGACACUGGUUCCAGUUGUAGAGUGUCCCGGAGACGAUGAUAAGCAUGAAAACGUGGAAGGGCAUCACUCACACACGAGUAACUCGUGCCAAGACAAGAGCAAUUCUUACGGGACAGAGCUACGAACAGAGAUGCACUUUACUGAGUAUGCAAGACUGUGGCGAACUGGAGAGGCUGAAGCUCGGGGCUUGUACCUCAAAGACUGGCACAUCGUCAAGGUGUUGAAGGGCCUUGAUGGGAAGCAUGACAAGCAGGACGUGCGAGAGGAGGUUAAGGCAGGUAUCAAAGACGGAGACGAGCUUUGCGAUGUCCUGGCUACUGGAAAACAGGGCGUUCAGGAGGAAAGACACGAAGAACUAGUCGGUGCGUGCGGCGCAGAGGUCUCACCCGCAAGGCCCACUGCACCGUCUGCCCUGUUCUCCGUACCUUUCCCCCUAACCGAUGAUUGGCUAAACGCCUGGUGGGACGCCCCGGCAAGCGAAGCUGGGCAUCCAGCUCGGGAAGACGACUACCGUUUCUUGUAUCUCGGACCAGCUGGUACGCAGACAGGCCUCCAUUACGACGUGUUAUGCUCCUACUCCUGGUCGGCCAACCUUGCAGGCACAAAGGAAUGGACGCUCAUCCAUCCUGAUCAGAAGGGAUUUCUUGCGGAAAAUCUGCCAUUGCAAUCCACAGUACCGUUUGGGUCGGUGGACUGGUCGGAUGUAGCUGUAAGAGUGCGUCAGGGCCCGGGAGAGAUGAUCUUUGUCCCUUCUGGGUGGUUUCAUCGGGUGCGCAAUGUGACAGGAUGCCUCUCCAUCAAUCAUAAUUGGUUCAACCGGAGCUGCCUGGACAGGGUUUGGACAUUCGUUAAAGAAGAGGCAAGUGCUGUGCAGGAGCGGUUGUAUGACCUGCGCGAGACGUUCGAUGCGAGCCUGUGUGGAUGGGAGCGGCAAUGCGAGGUUGUCAUGCGGGCGAACAGCUCGAUCAAUUUGACAGAGUGGGUGGACUUGCUCCUGUGGAAAGCACGGGACUUGCGGUUGAGACAGAAAGACACUGUCGCACCAGACGCGAGGCUUGACCUUUUGGCGAUCCUGAAAGUCUUACGAGAAGUGCAACGCUCGGAAAGAUAUGUGAAUUUCUUGUUCCCGUCACGUAAUCAUGAAGAGCCAUCUGUGGAGAAUCUGAGACCUCUACCUCUGCCGUUACAAGCAAACUCAACAUCACAAACUGAAGAAUGGCUUGCAGCAGAGAUACAGCAGCUCGAAAAGUGCGCGGAGCGCCUUGUUGGGUAGCGCGGGCAUGGUCUUGGAGACUGCGCAGAUCGGCAUGGUCAGGAGGUUUUCACAUUCUGGUUCUUCGGCAUAAAGACAUAUCUGCAGACAGACGUCAUGGAGCAAGGAUAGAAAUGAAGUGUGGAAGAGAUUAUGUCAGAAUCGUUGAGACAGAACGAAUAUUGUUGAAUGUGAAUAUAACAGGAGAGCAAAGGGAAGUUUAUCCCGGCAAGAAGAACAUUGGUUCAAAUAAUUCGCAACACAUAAAA